AUGAACAAGGAUGAAAUCCCAACCCCCUCCGACCUAUCUUUCAUAUCAGCACACAAACUUCCACACAGCGGAAUCCUAUAUGAAUUGAACACCAAGGAGUCGGACGCAUGGUUCAACAUACCCUCGAACCGAAGUAACUUUCUAGAAUGUUUUGGCACUAACGUAACAAUCAAAGACAGAUCAUACCACAUCCUCAUGGAGAACGUACCAAUAGCUUUCUUCCCAGAAUCAACAGCAGCCCUCGCAGACACAGAAAAGAAAGCCGGCAUCGCACCAAAGAGCAUCCUGAAAGCAAGAUACAUCAAACCAAUAGUGAGGAGAAGCCCAAACCAAAGAACUGCUCACAUAAUACUCACCUUCAAAUCCAGGGAGAGCGCUAACCAUGCCAUCAAAUUCAGACUAUCAAUUGCAAGUAAGAAGGUAUAUGGACAUAAACUCUUACCCGAACCAUCAAGAUGCCUCAAAUGCCACUUGUACGACGGAAACCACAUGGCAACCAACUGCCCCAACGAAGCAGAUUCCUGUGGAACAUGCGGCGAAUCACACCGCAUGACAACUUGCAGUGUCACCGACCAGAACAAUUACUACUGUGUCAAUUGCAAAGCCAAAGGCCACGCAGCUUGGAGUCGCAAAUGCCCUACAUUCAUAGGUAAAUGGGAAGUGCACAAAAGCGAGACAGCGAGUCACUAUACAGGUUCUACCCAAUGGAAGAUCCCCUCACGUGGGAGAAAGUAA